UGGCUUAAGGCAUUGGUUUGCUAAAUUGACAUACAAGAAGAUUGUAUCAUGGGUUCGAAUACCAUUUCCUCCGGCACGGAAGUAGAACGGGCGGGCGAAAUUAUGUGAGAGAAAGAACCUCAGAUUGAUGGAGUCCGCCGUCGGACAGAAUAGCUGCUUAGUGACUAGGAGCGGAGCGCCCCUUUCUUGUUCUUGGUGGCGUCUAUAGCGAAGAAGACCUUCCCGAACGAGGGCCGUCCAGUCCCUGGCCGGCUGUCGGUUCUUGAGCAAGCUCCUCCAUUGCAGGUAGGAUGCUCAUAGAUGAAGAAAAGAGACUUUAGGCAAGUGGUUCUGGUAGCUCAGCUGGUUAGAGAAAAACAAGCAACAGAUUGCGCAACUAGCGCGGAAGCCGUUGCGCGUUAGCGCAUCCGUUUUCUUGUUGGACUGCAAAUCCUUUUUUUCUUGUUUCAGUGGGAAGAGCAAGGGGCAUUGCCCUUGAAAUCCUUCAAUGGUUCGAAUCCACAUCUGAGCGUCUUUUUCUCGGUAUGCCGCUCCGCGAGCAAGGAGCGCCGCGAGGAGAGCGAGAGAACGAAGUGGGCUUUGGUGAUGUUGGAAUUUGCACCUAUUUGUAUCUAUUUAGUGAUCAGUCCGCUAGUUUCUUUGAUUCCACUCGGUGUUCCUUUUCCAUUUGCUUCCAAUAGUUCGACCUAUCCAGAAAAAUUGUCGGCUUACGAAUGUGGUUCCGAUCCCUCUGGUGAUGCCAGAAGUCGUUUCGAUAUACGAUUUUAUCCGGUUCCUAUUUUAUUUGUUAUCCCUGAUCCGGAAGUCACCUUUUCUUUUCCUUGGGCAGUACCUCCUAACAAGAUUGAUCUGUUUGGACCUUGGUCCAUGAUGGCCUUUUUAUUGAUUUUGAUGAUUGGAUCUCUCUAUGAAUGGAAAAGGGGUGCUUCGGAUCGGGAGUAACCACUUUUGAAAGGGCAAAGGGGGGAAGGACAUAGGAAAGAGGGAUGCCUACAAAAAAUCAAUUGAUUCGUCAUGGUAGAGAAGAAAAACAGCGCACGGACCGUACUCGAGAUUCAGAUCAAUGUCCCCAGAAGCAAGGAGUAUGCCUGCUGUUUCGACGAGAACACCGAAAAAACCUAAUUCAGCUCUACGUAAGAUAGCAAAAGUACGGUUGAGCAAUCGACAUGAUAUAUUUGCUCACAUUCCAGGCGAAGGUCAUAAUUCGCAGGAACAUUCUAUAGUCUUAGUCAGAGGAGGUAGAGUGAAAGAUUCGCCAGGUGUGAAAUCCCAUUGUAUUCGAGGAGUCCAGGAUUUGCUGGGAAUUCCGGAUCGUAGAAAGGGAAGAUCUAAAUAUGGUGCAGAAAGACCUAAAUCGAAAUGAAUGGAAGAUGCCUCUGGAA